AAAGAAGGGGAGUGAGAAGAACGGCGGGAGAGGAAGACAGAGAUGGCGGAGCCUCCUCCCAGGCUUCUUAAUUUCGUAUCAGAGGAGCAGUUGGAUCAAGCUAGGAAAAACAGAGGAGAGCGAGUGGAGGAUGGCACUGCUCAGAGAGAUAAACCCUUAUUUGAGAUCCUAAAGGAGAACAAAGACAAACGAGAUGCGGAGUUCAAUGAACGAUUCAAGCAUAGACCUCCCAAAGCUUUGGAUGACGAUGAGACAGAGUUUUUGGACAAACUGGAGAUGUCGAGAAGGGAAUACGAGAAGCAGUUGGCUGAUGAAGAAGCAGAACAACUUCGGAGUUUCCAUGAUGCAGUGUCAGCCCAAUACUCCUUUGUUCGUGAGCUCAAACAAGUUCCUGCUCUGAAAGUUGAGGAAAAGAAACCAAUGGGGAAGAUGAAUACACAAUCUCGCCCAAUAAGCAACCUGAUCACUUUUAAGCCUCAAGCAAAGAAACUGAAGAAAGACAUAGAAAUCAAGGGAAAUUCACGCAGCUUAGCAAGGCCACCAGAUAAUAAUGCCGGUCAAGAGGAUCUUGGAUCACAAAGUAUGGGGCUCAAGGGUCUGGUAUCAUAUAGUGAUGAAAGUGAAAGUGAAGAUGAUGAAAGGCCUGUAACAAAUGCCAGGGAGAAGGGACCCUAGAAGUCUGCCUUAUCGGUGCUUUCAUGAGCUAAUGGGCCUUUGAGGUACAUGAAGCUUAGGUUUACAUUUAGGGCUGGAAUAAUAUAGAUCCAUAUGACUGUCAUAACUCCAUGAGCAUGAGGUUAUCACUGUCCCAUCAACGGCUCGGAUGGUGAGCUUCACUAUACAAUUCAAUGAAUGAAUUAUGCAUCUCUGUUAUCUCUCCUCACUCCAACCAAUUGAUUAUUGGGUGGUGAUAAAUCAGUAGGCCAUGAUUGUUACUAUGACAUAUGGAUGAUAUUAUAUUUUUGGUCGGUUUAGUUCGCUU